CUUUAUUAAAAUGUAUUAAAAUGGGAAUAAUUUCCAGCACUGAUGGAUUAUUUCCACCAUAGUUUUUCUCCUGUUAAAAUGUGAAGUCCCUUCAUUCCUGGAAUAUGACACCAUUAAUGUCCUUUCUUGAUUCAUCUGGAACAUUUUCUUUUCAAAACAGCCUCUUCUUGUUUCAAGUCCAGCCUCAGUAAAUCUGACAGACACCUUCAGUUUGUUCCAACCAACCUUCAUUCCCAGAGAAUGGAGGUCACCAGCUCAGGAAGUGCAGGUGUUUGGUAUGAGGUCAUCACGUUUGGCGCUCCAGCUGACCACCAUUACGGCUUCAAGCAUGGAGGGCUGAAGAGGCUAGUCAGUAAGCACAGUCGCCACAGGAACAGAUCUACCUCCUAUUCCCGGGAUGAAAGCUUCAGAGCCAGGGACCUGCUGGUCAGCGUCUCCCACCUGCAGCCUCUGAUCUUCGGGCUGGCAGAGGAGCUGCUCUCCAUCUCCCUGGAGCCCAGAGCCUCAGAGCUGUUGCAGGUCCUGGACGGCCUUUCCCAGCAGGUUAAUCGGUUUGUCCACGCUCUGAAAGAUGAGUUGGUCAAAAGCGCCCUGCUGGCCAUCCACUGUGAGCGGGCCUCCCACUGCAGUGGCAGCCACGCCCACAGCAACGGGCUGCUGUGUGAGGGGUCCCCACCUGAUCCAGAGGGUCGGCCGGAGGUGGAGUACAACGAGGAGGACUGGGACCUCACGUGGACCAACGUGGCCAAAAGCCUGAACUGCAUCAUUGCCAUGGUUGACCGCUUGCUGGGACGGGAGCCCCAUCUACAGGAGCAGCCGCCAGCGGAGCGGCAGGACAACUCAGAAGACUCAAAAUCCUACAAUACCGCGUCUCCCUGCUCCUCCUCUGAGUUCUCUUGGCAGGAGCAGCUGCUCCCACUGGUGAUCACCCUCAGAGAUUGUGUGCGCGAGGCGGUGGCGAAGGCUCGGACCGCCAUGACCUUCGUGGUCCUGCAGGAGGCGGUGGGUGCCACCAUGACUCAUGGACCUGCAAAGAUGCUGCACAGACGGCAUGCCGUCUUCAGUCAGGCGCUGUCGGCGGUGGUGUGUGGCUUCGUGUUGAAGCUGUAUGGCGGUCUAGAGGAUCCUGAGUUUCAGCGGCAGCUUCUCUCUGUGGGAAUCCUGGUUCAGUUUGAAGGCCUGCUGAGCACCUACGGUGAGGAGGUAGGGAUGCUAGAGGACAUGGAAGUGGGCGUGGCCGACCUGAGGAGCGUGGUUUUCAAAGUCACGGAGGCUAAAACGGACCAGCUGAAGGAUCUGCUGCCGAUUCUCAGAGGAACAUGGGGAUGUUUUGUGGUCGAAGUCCCGUUGCCGCCGGAAACCUUCAGUUCGUUGCUGGAGGAACUAAAAGCUGGAUGUUUGAUACGAGUUGAAUCCAUUCUGUUCAACAUUGGAAUCAACCAGCAACAGAGUGUGGCUGAGAGGUUUGGAGACAGUUCACUGCAGGAGAGUGUGAAUCUGCAGAGCUGCGAGCGUCUCAGAGCUUACUGCGACGCAUUGAGGGACGCUCUGCCUCAUACGGCUGGUAUCCAGUCGCUGUCAGAGUCUUUGUCGUCUCUGGAUCGGAGCCUGGAGGCCAAGAAACGGAAGAACGUGGAGGUUCUGUGGAUCGCAGCGUCGGUGUGUCGCUCGGUGAACGGUGUGCGUCUGACGAGCUGUAAGAGCGCGAAGGACCGCACGGCGAUGUCGGUGACUCUGGAGCAGUGUCAGAUCCUGAGAGAGCACCACUCCCUCAGCCAGCAGCACUUCAGCACCUCCCUGGACUGCAUGAGGAGAUCUCGUCUGUCCUGGGGGCAGAUGCUGGGCUGCUACGCCCACUCAGGGUUCACUCUUUCUGGCUUAGAUCCGGGCGAGCAGCCCUCUGGUCUCCAGGGCUCCUGGCCGCCUCUGUGUUUGGCCCCCAAGGCGCCCAGACGGCACCUUUACCCGGUGGCCUUCCUCCUGGUGACCUCCCACUUGCUGGUUCUUUGGCUCAUCUUCAGCUUGGUGAUUCUGCUGGCUAAAUACCAGUAGACUGGAGACACUGGACCUUACCGAUGACACUGAUGUUUGUGCGACUGACAAGAGCUCAAGAGUUCAACCAGCAACCCUCUGGUUGAAGGACAACUGCCAGCUGCUUGAGGAACAACUAGACGAAUGUCCUUAUUAGAAAACUUCAGUGAGCUUCGGGUUUACUUCUACACAAAAAGAUGAAAAUGACCAUGUGGGACCUUCCAGGGAUACACGGGUGUAAAAACUCUCUAUAGGUCCUUUACUGUGACCACCAAAGGACCAACAUGGAGGGAGAAAAGGAAAAGAAAUUCCAGCUCAUGCAAAGUUACAGCUAGCGGUUAGGAAUUUCUCCAUCCAAUCAAAUCAGAAUCGGAUGUUGCAUCCUGGUCCGGGAUCGGAUAUUUAUUUUAUUCUGAGUGGGAGGGGCCAUUCGGUCCAGUUCUCAUAUACAGUCAAUUGUCAACAUUUUAGAUGAUGAUGGUGAACAUUGUAACCAGAGACAACUCAUCUUAUUUUGUUCACAUGCUGCCCCAGUGAAACCAUAACUUAUUUAAUCUAGAAUAUUUAAAAAAAAAAACAGAAUUCUACAUUUGAUGUGAUAAAUGUGAGUAAAACUCUGAUUUUGCUUUUUUUUGCAACAUUUCUUCCCAUUUGUUUCUUCUCUUUGCUUAUUUUCCAUAUUUGUUCUUCUGUUGUUCUCUAAACCUCCAACGCUUUUUCGGCAAAUCUGGUCAUGACUUAAAGUUUAGACAACUUUUUACAAACAUUAAAAAUGUUCAUCAUUGGAUACAUACAAAGAAGCAGUCUCUUUAUUAUUUUAAGCCA